AUGAGCUCCAACGCGGCAAUUUUCCGUCGUCGCAAUCGUUUCGACACAACCUCGUCAACUUCGUUGACGAUGGACCCCGGCGCCGGGACUUCGGACAAUGACGAGCAGCGAGAGUCGCAGCAUGGACAAUCACCCAUACGGCAGAGAAGCCCUUCGGCGCCCUGGCUGGCGCGCUCCGAGUCGUAUCGCCAGCUGACCAUUAUGAUCAAGAACAGCCAUCUUGGCCCGACCAAGGUGCUGCUCGUUCUCGUCCCCAUCGCCAUCGCCGCAGGGCUGUUGCGGCUGCUCCCCGUGGCCGUCUUUGCCCUCAACAUCUUGGCCGUCGUGCCGCUGGCGGCUGUGAAUAUCUACAGCAUUCUGGCGCUGACAAGAAAUGCCGGCGCCUGGGGCGGUCUGCCUAGAGCCAUCUUUGGCAAUGCAACCGAGUUGACGCUCAGCAUCGCCGCCUUAUACUAUGGCAAGACCCAGCUCGUCCUCGGAAUCACAACAGGCACCGCGGCCUUUUACUCGCUCUUUGUGCUGGGUAGCAGUUUCUUACACGCCAGUUACGGCAAGACAGACGUGCCGUUCAGCAGAGCGAGCUCCGGCGUGCUGUCUUCGCUCGUCAUGGUCACGGCCUUUUGCCUGACCAUCCCAACCGCCAUGUCCCUUGCAACUGCUGAAGAAGAAGACGCUCCAGUGGCUGCUGUCCGUCCUGCUGUCCGUCUUGCCGUCGACGACUACACCCUUCGCCUUUCACACAUCAUCGCCGUGGUCCUAUUCCUACUCUUCAUCACCUACCUCGCAUUCCGCUUCUUGACCCACCGUCAGCUUUUCCCCAGGAACACAAACGCGGUCCACGCCAACCCGGACAGCCGCACCAGCUCGGUCCUGGGGGCCAGCCGGGCUGGCUCGGCAUCGCCGCUGGUGUUGGCUUUUUGCUUUGUUGGGAGCGUCGCCUGCACGGGCGUGUGCGCCAACUUGCUGAUGUACAGCAUGGACUCCGCAACACGGGCGCUGCAUGUGACGGAGGCAUUCACGGGGUUCGUGGCCCUGCCGCUGGUGGCCAGCCUCGCCAAGUCCAUCACCAUCUGCCAGCACGCGCGGUCCAGCGGCAUGCCGGCGCCCAGGCAGAUGGGGCUGGACUUUGCGAUCCGGUAUGUCAUGACGAACGUGCUGGACACGCUGCUCUUCCUCAUGCCCCUGCUCGUGCUGCUGGGGUGGAUCAUGGGGCGGCCGAUGGCGCUCCAGUUUGAUCUGUUCGAGGCCGUGGUCUUCUUGUUGGCGGUUAUCAUCAUGACCUACCUAGUUCAGCAUGGGAAGACGAACUAUUUUGAAGGCUCUAUGCUUAUGGGAACGUACCUAUCUAUCGUCGUUGCGUCCUAUGUUCGCCCCGAACCGACUCUAUAA